AUCGAGAAAGUAUAAAAGGAGUUGAAAAUAGUGGAAGUGUUGUAAAUAGUACUGGCAAAAAGAUUGACAUUGUUGACAAGAAAAAUUCAGAGUUUUGUUUAAGCAUUUUUGCUAGUACAAGUAAAAU